AUGGGUAAUUUUAGAUUCCCUAUAAAGACGAAACUUCCUCCUGGAUUUCUAAAUGCUAGAAUCAUAAGAGAUAAUUUUAAAAGACAACAAGCAGCGGAGAAUGAGGUUACUGUGAAAGCCUUAAAAUUUAUUGCUAGAAACUCUGUAUUACCUCCAAAGAGCCGUCUACAAGCUCAAUUACAAUUGAAUACCAUGCCGAAAUAUACAAAGAUGACUCAAGUAAAGAACAGAUGUAUUGCAUCUGGUACAGCUAGAGCUGUUAUUAGUGAUUUUAGAUUAUGCAGAACUCAGUUUAGAGAAAAGGCUCGUGCUGGUGAAUUACCAGGGGUCAAGAAAGGUGUAUGGUAG